CGUGUUGAGCAAGUCUAGCCCAGAGCCAAAGCCAAUGGUCUUGGCAAUGCUACUAUUCAUGUGGUAUUUAGAUAGUAAAUAAUUACGAUCAAUAAACUAUAAAAAGAAGCGUAUUGCUCUUUUCACAAGCUGUAGUUAUAUCGACGCAGGAAUGGAUUUAAUAGACUCUGCGGAAGAGGACUUUUCCAGACGGUCAAUGAUAUAUAACACAAUUCAUCGUCCAAAUGUGAUCCUCAAAGAUGGUUUCGAACCAAGCCAUCUUCUUGGACAAGGCAUAGAUAUAGAAAUAAAGGAAAACUAUAGAGAAGAUUCAGAGGACGAAGAAGAUGAAAGUGCAAAAUUUUUUGAUGGUGAAGAGAUGUUGUCAGUUGUUGAUUAUGAAUGCAUUGAUGGUACAUCGAGUUCAAAUACCAACUCAGAUAAAUCGCCUUUUGAACUUAUCAAAGAGAAAAUGACAAAAAUUACCAAUGACGAUGGAGUAUGGAAAAUGUUAGUCAAAAAUGGAACUGGUCCAAUGGUCCCAGAUGGUGCAAUUUGUCGUUUGCACUACAGCGGUUAUUUGGAGUACAGAGAUGAACCAUUUGACUCUACACGUCUUAGAAACAAACAAGAUCAAUUGAAGCUAGGAAUGGGAGAGUCACUUAGAGGAUUUGAUGUUGCUGUGGCAACAAUGAAGAAGGGAGAGAUUUCGAAGUUCUUAUUUUCUCCAUCUUAUGCCUACAAAAAAAUGGGCUGCCCUCCCAGGGUACCACCUGAUGCUACAGUUCUUUUUCAAAUUGAGCUUGUGAGUUUUAUUGAUCAAGGAGCUUCUGAUGAAUUCUCAGAAUUUUCAAUGGAUGAACAGAAAAAGGCCACAUUUGAAAAUAUUUAUGAAGUUGCACAAUCUUUUAGACAGAGUGGCAAUGAUUUGUUUAAAAGAAAUGAAUUUUACACAGCUGUUAAAAAAUAUGAUAAAGGCAUCCGUAUACUGGAAGGUAGUCGACUACGCAAUUCUUCAGAAGAAAAACAAAUGAAUGAUUUAUUGCUUUUGCUGUUCAUGAAUGCUGCAUUAUGUUCGUUGAAACUUGGUCAAGGAAAUCGUACAAAGAAAUAUUGUCGUAAAGCUUUAGAGUUUGAUCCAAAGAAUAUCAAGGCAAUGUUUCGGCUAGCUCAGGGUUAUCAAAAGGAAGGAGAGUUUGAAAAAGCUCGGGAAUGGUUCUUACGUUCACAGAAACAGGAACCUAACAAUUCAGAAAUACGAGCAGCUCUCCAAAAAUUAGACCAGGACGUUAAACGUUGGAGACUAAGCGAGAAAAAAAUGUGUCAAAAAAUGUUUGUGAAAAAGGGUCAAGAUUCGUCAGUUGAUGAAACAGUCACAAAAAAAACAGAAGAUCGAAAUUUAAGUGAUAUAAACGAAGAAGUUAAAGCCUUUAUGUUACAACGUUUAAAAGGUUUUAACAAUGAUGAAAAUCAAAGGGAAUUGGUAUUUCCACCAUCUUUGACUGUAAAUGAAGUAAAUUUUCUUGUUGAAGAGGCAAAAGCAAUGGAUUUAAAAUGCAUUACACCCACAAAAAAGAUGAAUCAUCUAAAGAUUGAAAAACUGGAAUGAAUUAAAAGAAAUCUAAUAUGUGAAGACUCUUGUUUUUUUUUUGUGUUUACUUUCUUAUCAUACUUCAUAAUUAAAAAACAUUCAUCAAAAAAGGAAAAGGAAGAUGCUCGGCCAUGAUUUUCACAGAAGAUAUUGUCUUAUGAACUUUAUCAAAUGUAUAUAAUAGUUGUCUUUUUGGUUAACAAUGUGACUGAGUUGACUCCUUCUUCA